AUGAUGCUUUUUGGUAACAGUGGUGUUGGAAAAAGCGCAACAGCCAAUGUAAUAUUAGGAAAAGAACGUUUCAAAGAAACUGAAACUAUACAGUGUGAGAUACAGAAAGGGAGAGUGGAGGGAAGAAACGUCUCUGUGAUUGACACUCCAGGAAUCAACAACACUUCACUCACUACAGAACAGUGGAGGACUGAAGUGAAGAAGGGUUUGUUGCUUUCUUCUCCUGGUCCUCAUGUGCUCCUGCUGGUGACCAAAGUGGGGAAAUUCUCAGAAGAAGAGAGAAAUGCUGUGAAGUGGAUUGGAGAGAACUUUGGUGAAGAAGCUCUGAAGUUCAGCAUGAUACUGUUCAUAGGAAGAGAAGAAAUGACAAACAGACAGUGGGUGCAAUUUUCUGAAGAUGCCAGGACAAAGGAUUUGAUCAGCUGCUGUGAAGGUAGAUAUUGUGUGAUAAACAGUAAGAGAGAGGCUAAUCCUUCUCAGAUCAUUAAACUGCUGGAGGAGAUUGAGGCCAUGGUCCAACAAAAUGGAGAUCAGUUCUACACUCAAGAGAUGUACGAAGCAGUUGAUAGAAUGAGAACCGAAGUGACACAGAAGAAAGAGAGAAUGAGACAGGGACAUGAGAGCAAACCAAAACCAAACCAAGACCCAUGUCUGAAGGUACAGAAAGAGGAUGCUGUUAUUGGGGUUCAUGUAAAAUGUGGAAAUGUGAUACCUCCUAAGAAAGAGGAAGAGUCAGUGAAGUCACUUCCUGAGAGGAAGGGAGAGAUGGAAGCUAAGUUUUUGAAAGACAAAUUUAGGAGACAGGAGGAGACACGGAGAGAGAGGGAAAAGAAGAAAUGGGAGAAGGAGAGAGGAGCUACAGGGGGUGUAAAACCUGAUCCAGUGUGUGAUGUGAGGAUUGUGCUCCUGGGAGGUGCUGGAGCAGGAAAAAGCUCAUCGGGAAACACUAUCCUGGGCAGAGAGGCAUUUGGGAAAGACAUCAUCAACGUUAUCACAAUGGGCAAGAGACAGGAUGGAAUGGUGGGAAAUAAAUCCAUCCCUGUGAUCGACACUAAGGGUUACACUAAAGGCUACUCUCAGUAUUACUUUUCAGAGUACUGUAAAGAGUUGGAGCAAUGUCUUUCCUUGUGUAGACCUGGCCCUCAUGUGUUUGUGCUUGUUGUACCCUCUCCUCAUACCUUCUCCUUCCCUGUUCAAUUACUAUAUGAAAGAUUUGGCCCAGAAGUUUUGAAACGCACUUUAGUCCUGAUCACUCACGGAGACUCUUGGGGAAGAGACCAAAAGGCAGUUUUAAAUAACAGCUCAGCGCUCCAGCAGCUCAUCCAAAACUGUGGAGAAGUUUAUCACAUCUUCAACAACCAGGAGAAAGAAGACCAAACUCAGGUCAGAGAACUGCUGCAGAAGAUUGAGGUCUUGAUUGAGAAGAACGGACAGGGGUACUGUACCACCGAGAUGUACCAGAGAAGGGGGCAGGAGGCAAGCUGUUCUCUAAUAUGAAUAUUUUAAUAUCUUUUUUGAGAAAUGCAUUUUAAUCCAUUUGAUCCAUUCUGUUGGAGAGUUGCAAAAUAUUAUA